GAAGUGCUACUUCCUGAAAAUAAAAUUUCAUUUCCCAAGACAAUUAGAAGACUCUAUGCAAAAAGCUUAUUUUCGAAGUUAGUGUUUGUUCAUCCUUUCUUUAAUAUUUGCCCACCGCUCAUCUCUGUAAACAUAAACUUCAGCCUUUUCGACGGUUUUUUGUUAUCCUGGUCGCCGCGUUGCUUUCCGUUCUCAAAGGUAAUACAGAUAGCCGUUACUUCUCGAGGAAAAACGUUAUCUUGAAAAUUUGCGCCUGGCUCAGUUCUGAAAACCGCGGCUUCAUGAAUAACAGCAUUUUCGACGUGGGCUUUAACUCGACACACAAAGACUGUGACGAUGUUACACUGAACAGAAUGAUAGAACUUAUCUUAACCAUCUUCUCUUGUGCGAUCGCCGUGUCUUCUGUCCUCGGUAAUGGCUUUAUAAUUUUAGCUGUGAUAUGGUCUCCUCGCUUACAGACUCCAACAAUAUACUUACUCUGUUCCCUCGCGAUGGCGGAUUUUUUCACGGGGCUGCUUGUCAUACCUGUACUGAACAUACGUCUUGUGGUCAACAUUCGUGAGAUAUCUCACCCUUUUUCCGUCUUCUCGGAAUUCAUCGUGAUUCAAGUAAUGGCGGCCACAACGUUUAGUAUAUGCGCAGUGAGUUUAGACAGAUUUACAGCAAUCGUUUUCUCUAUGUCCUACGAGCGCAUCGUCACUACACGGAGAUGCUUAAGGGUGAUUCUCGCCGUCUGGGCCUCCUCACUGAUACCGGCUCUGCCAAGAAUUCCCUCACAAACCUCUUUAUCUUUGCGCGGAGUUCUCCUGGGCGCUUUACUUAUCAUUAUAGUCUUCCCAUUUUCCGUUAUUGCAUUCUGUUAUAUGUCCAUAUUCCGCGCAGCGCGCCGCCAUAGACGCCAGAUCAAUACAAACACAGUAAGCCCACAACCCCCGAGACAAGUUGACAAAGCCGCUGUGACUGUCGCGAUGGUAAUUCUCAUAUUUCUCUCCUCCUGGAUCCCCAUUUUGUGUUUCUCGGUGUACGAGCUCGUACAUACUUCUAGGGUCUCAGUUUGCAAGGAUUUGCGUUUUCGACUCAGGUUCUUUGCGUUUUCUGGUUUGCUGGCGCUUGGGAGCAGUGUGUGUAAUCCUGUUGUGUACACGCUUAGGUACAGGCGGCUAAGGAAGGUUUUGAAGAGCCUUUUGUGCGGGUGGAGAGAGGCUAACAGAAGUGGAAAUUAAGCGAAAUUUUAAGAAGUAAAGGUGGACGCAAACAAGUAAAAAAUAAUGGAGCCGGUGAACACAUUGAAAAAAUAUAAAUGAUUUCACUUAAAAGGCUAUAUCAUUUAGACUUCAAAAUAUCGGGAAAAUGUUGUUUACUUGGAAAAUAAAUAUCUAAUAAUUGUUUAAAAAGUUUAAAUCUUUUAAAUAGUUUAAAUCUUUUAAAUUAGGCUGUUGUUGAGAAUAUAUCGCAAUCAUAACAGUAAUUACCUUUUUUUAACAAGCAAGAUAUUUGUGAAGCUGCUGCACUGUUAAUUACAGGUCGUUCUUAAAGCCGCAUUAUCACCAAUCUCCAAUGAUUUUUAACGGAAAACCCGAAAAAUAUUUCAAAAUAUUGAAAGCAGUGUGCUUAUUUGAAGUUUCUUUGAGGAUGUUAUUGAUAAUUUAGAGUGGAUGGCCUGUUUAAUAUCUCGGAUUUUAUUACCUUUUUGUAAUUAUCUGAUUUAUAUAUAAAAAAAAUAUUGAAAGUAA